AUGAGUAAUUAUACUGACGAGGAUCCCAUGGAUCAAGAUAGUUGCACGAGAACGAGCGACGAAGCGAAUCUCCAGUUGGAUCGUGAAUUACGACAGAGCGGAGAAGUUACUCGCACAACGACUGAGCCUUCACAGCAAACUAUCCCAGUUGGGAUUUCACCUGCCUAUGCAAAAGGUUGGGACACUACAGAUGCAUUUCGCGAGCUGUAUCAAAAUUGGAAAGAUGCUAUUCUGGGAAGAUUUCAGUUAAACCGACAGGAUUUCAAGCCAUUCUUUGCAGACAAGAAAGAUCAUUUCUGCAUCAUAGUCACGGCUACCUCGAACGACAAUGGCAAUCAGCGAGCUCUGGGGUUCAUCAAAUAUGAGAAAAAGACCGGCCGAGUCAUCUUAACCAACUCCUGCAUGCAACUUCCCCUCGAGUCUCUCGUGAUGGGGUUCACAUCCAAGGACGACGACGAGCAGCUGGUAGGCUCCCAUGGCGAGGGGCUCAAGCUGGCUGCGUUAAUAAUGAGUCGAGACGGAUACAAAGUGAGCUUGGCUGCAAGCCACUGUAAGUGGAGUUUUGGUCUGCAUGGGAAGUAUCAGUUUUUCCGUUGCGUCAUCACUCCUUCCCGAAAGAUGAGUCCCGCCAUUCAACGAGAGCCAGCUGAUGAUAUGGAAAAACUGCGCUUCCACGUUGAAAGAGACAUCACGGUGGUGAUUGGGGCUGGACGUGCCAGUCAAAGUCGACCGGUAUCAUCUGAUACGUUCUUCGAGUGGCUGCAGGUCACUCUCAAUAUCCGCGGGCUCUCUUAUCCCUCCUCAAUUGUAGAGACACCUCAAGGAGACUUCCUUCUCGAUUCGCAGUUUCAUGGAAAGCUCUUCCUGCAUGGGAUCCUGCUACCAAUGUCUACUUCAGGGGUCAAGCACUUCAAGUUUGGUUACAACUUUGCUCUGGGCAAGUUCAGCCGUGAUCGUCAAGGACUGAUCGCCAAAUGUGAGGUGGCAGACAAGGUGCGGCAAAUAUGGCAGUAUGCUCUGCAUAUGCACGAGCAAACUCUACUUCCAAUUUAUGUCAAUCUCCUCCAGAAUUUCCCCCAGGUGGGUGAUAUUGAACAAGCCGAUAGACUUUUGGAGCCGUCUACCAAGGCCCGUAUCUGGAAAUACUUGCUUCGGGUGACAGGAAGACAGAGAUUCUUUCAUAGCGAGACAUCAAGCGUCGAGAGUGUGUGUAUGAUACGAGAAACCACCGGAAAGAGGCCAACGAGACUCUCUGAGGCCCUUUGGAACCUGUUGCGCUCAGGUUCACCGAUACGGACUGUCGAGGAGGAGCAGGUAGAGCUUUUUAAGGAUGCUGAGGUCUGUGCUUCGCCCGAAUCUGCCUUUGCAAAAACAACAGACUGGGCUUUGAAAGCUUGUCUGGCACUUUCAAAGGCGACGAGAAAUAUUCAAGUGCUCUAUGUCAAAGGACCGGUAGGGAAGCUUGAUGUGUCAUACGACGCCGGACACGGUACGUUGAAAAUUCAUCGUCGAUGGUUGGACUUUGAUGCGAUGCGCCAGGAAGCAUCUUGUCGGGAAUGGUUUCCUGAUACCAUAACCGAAAAGAAUGCGCCGUUUCUCUGCAAUCACGCUGUAGAGGAGCUUUUGUAUCUGUCCAUUUCUUCGAUUUUCAAAGCAUCCUCGACGCUGCGGAUGGCUGAGAUGAGAUACAUGCGUCAGGCUAGACGUCUGCUUCGACUUCUGCCACACAGUAUCAAACUCGCACCCUACUCUGGAGGCCUGAUGGUCACCUGGGAAGACAAUGAGGCAGAAUCGUUUCGAAAGCUUGGUGGUGGUAGAACAGAGUACCGAGUCGUUCUCCAUGCAGAGGAGUGUUUCAUCACCAGGUCGGAAUUUCUCCACUUGGGCUACCGAGUGGAAUGGAAUUCGCGUCGUGUGGGUGCCGUCAGCAAUUCGUCGUUCAAACGCGCCGGUGGUGCGUCUUUGCCGCUUUAG